AAGAAAAAUAAAAUUAAAAUUAAAACCCGCGUCAACUUGGGCGUCUGCCGUCUCUCGUCCCUUUGUGGACGCCCAAUACCUCCCUUUCCCCCACAUUUACCCUUGACUCCAUUUUUCUACUUCCGAAACUUUCUUGAACCUUCCUCUUUCUCAAUACUCAUUUAAACUUCAAACUCGUAUUUCUUCCUCUUCUUUAUUCACAAUCUUCAUAACUUAUUACAAUUUAUUUGUUGAAUUGAAUAAUUUUCCUAAAAAAUGGCGGAUCAUAUUGGUAAGGAUUACAAUAUCCCUCACGAACAGAAGAGAUACGCCCUCAGCGGCAGGAUAAUGCUAAGCGCAAUCGUGAUUCUAUUCGCCGUGGUUGUAAUAAUGGUAUGUCUUCACGUGUACGCCCGAUGGUAUAUAUUACGAGCGCGACGGCGACAGAUCCGUCGCGCUCGUCGUCGUACCCACCUCGUAUUCUACAUCGAGCCGGAUAAUCCUUCCGACAUUGCUCUCGCCCAAUCGCAGGGGCUCGACGCGGCUGUGCUUAAAUUUUUACCGACUUUUACGUUUGGGGAGGACAAGGUGGUUGAACUUGUCGAAGGGGAAGAGCUGGAAUGCGCUGUUUGUUUGUCAGAAUUUGAGGAGAGAGAAAAAGGGCGUUUAUUGCCUAAAUGUAAACACUGUUUUCAUGUUGAGUGUAUUGACAUGUGGUUCCAUUCUCACUCCACGUGUCCCCUUUGCCGCUCCCCCGUCGACGCCGAAGAUGUUCCGCCACCAUCGCCUACUGUGAAAGGCGAUGAGGUGGUUGUUGAGCUGGGUGAGCUGUCGCAAAGUGUUAAUGUAGCCGAAUCAAGAAACAAUUUAAGUCCGAGUCACGGUGAGUCGGACGUUUUAACUACGGGAUCGUCGUCGUUUGCGGGGAGGAGGAAGGGGUUGGAUUUGGUGGGGGUGUCAAUUGAGGUGCCGAGAAGGACCCAGAGUUUUUGUUUUCAAGGGUCUAACUCGGACGAGCCGGGGCCGAGUCGUUCCCCGGCUUCGGGUGUUAGAUCGCCAACGAGUCGGAUAAUGUCAUUGAAGAGGAUAUUGAGUAGGGAUAAAAGGUCUCCGCUCCCUUCGCCUUCGGGUGCCGGGUCGAGUUGUUGCGAGUUGGAUAUUGAGUCGGGUCGAGUUGAAUCGUCGGGUCAGGUCUUAACGCCGAGGUGAUUAAUUGGUACAGUAUACAAAAUCUGCGAUCAAAUUUCGUCAUUUCCUAAUUUUAAAAGAUAAUCAUAUUUUUCAAGUGAGUGGGAAAAAUUGGGGCGAGAUCUAAGGGCACGUGACGUACACGCGACGGCGCUAAUAUUAAAAAAGUCGUUGGAAUUUUGAAAACAUUCGGCGGAAGUUGUCAGAGAGUCGUGGUGUUCAUACGUCGAGCUAGCUCUGGUCAAUGAAUGUGACCUGCUUGACACGUGGGCGAGACCCGUUUUUGUUAAGGGUAAAACGGUCAUUUCAUACAUUUAUGGCAUACUUUUGGAGACCAUCAAAUUUCAGUAUUGACUAUGUAAAUACGGCAUAUACAAGUAUGAAAAAAAAUAUACAGUAUUUUGCAAUUUGUUCAAUUUUUAAUUUGUUGUUCUUCAGUGAAAAUUAUGGUGUACAUUUCUAGCCGUAGACUUUGUUAGUAAAGGAAAAGUAUGGGUUAGUUUAUUUAUUCGGUACUCCGCAUUAUGGUAAAUAGAUGUGAUAAAAUUGAUACUUAUUACUUUA